AAUUUUGAACUUAUAGAAGAGAGGAUAUUCUUCAUUUAAAUAGUAUAGAGAUUUUUUUGAACAUUUUUUUUAAUUUGAAACAGUUUGUAAGUUUUAUUUUAAUAUAUGGAAAAUAUCUAUUCAUUUAAAAAUAUAAUUUGUUUGAAUGUAAAUUUUAAUUGUUUGAUUUAAGCUUAGUUUAGAAUGGGAGUAUGUAAAUUUCCACUGGAAAUUAGAAGAACGUCCGAAAUAUGCCAUAUCUUUAUAUUUUUUACACCUACCCCACCCUGCUUUUCUCUAUUCUAGUUCCCUGUCAUGUAACGAAAAAAGUUAUAAUUCCCUGCAAAGUGUCACAAUUCAGAUAUUUCACUUAUUUAUAUUUUUUAUUUCACUGUUUUAUGUAUUUUAUGCUUUAUAUAAUAUACUGUCAAUAAGAUUUUGACGUGACGUCUUUUUUGCGUUUCCUUUUUUUUAGUUUUUGUCAAAGUUAGACAGAUAAAUUAAAUAUAUAGGUAUGGUGAAUGGAGAGUGACCAAUUAAUUACGAAUUGUGAACAAUUAAUAAACCACGGCAAUUUAAAAGCAAUAACAGAUGUCUCGUUCAAAGCUAAAGUAUUGCCAUCAUCUUUAUUCACCGACAGAAGAAUUGGAAUGUUUCAGCCAAUAAUAGAAGAAAUAAAAGACAAUAGGCUUAUUUGUCGUUAUUGUAAUUGGAAAUUUGAAGUGAAUUAUGAAAAAAUUCAUCAUGAAAAAAUGUGUCCUCUAAAUAUGUCUAUUCGCAAAAGAGAGGGACUCAUAUUUAAUUAUGAAUCAUUUACAAAAAAAUUAUUAUCAUUUAUAUCGUUUAAACGAUUUAAUAUUCUCCAACCAAGAAAACAAAUGAAUGAAGAAUGACUUAUAUGUAAAUAUUGUAAAAAAAAAUUUGGAAAAGUUUUAAUGGAAAAGUUCUUCAUCAAAAUAAUAAUUGCUAUUUAAAUUUAAAAAUUUCUAAAGUAAAAAAAUUUCAUUGCAGUAAAUGUGGUUUUACUUGUAGUCGUAAAAAAGAAUUACCAAUACAUAUAGGAGAUGAUUGCCGCGUAACGCACAAAUGUAACAAUUGUAAAAAAAAUUUAUGCAUCAUUGGCUAAUUUAAAACAAACACAAUGCAAUAAAUAAUGCAAUUUUUUGUAAAAUGUAAAUUUUUUUAAUGUAAAAAAAAAAGAAUAUUUUACAUUUUAUAUUGUAGCUAUAAAUAAAAUUAUUAUUGAA